AUGCGGCUAAUGUCGGUGACACCCAUUCUGUACAUGCAGACGGCCGACGCCCGUGGAGAUCCCUCGCGCCCGGGGAGCACACUUACGUCGAAAAUGCGCCACUCCCGGUUCCCGCCCGCCCCCCUCGGCCCGGCGGCCGACGGCACCGAGCCCCCCUUCACCUAUGACUCCCUGCGCCGGACCAUCCCCCGGCACUGCUUCGAGCGGUCGCUCGCCCGGUCGCUCGGCUACCUGGCCGUGGACCUGGCCUACGUCGUGGUCCAGACCCUGGCCUUCCUCUGGGUGGACCGGCGCCUGGCCGGCUACAGCGACCUCCUCUCGUGGGGCCUCUGGACCGCCUGCUUCCUGACCUACACCUUCCUCCAGGGCGUGGCCUUCACCUCGAUCUGGGUGCUGGCCCACGAGUGCGGCCACCAGGCCUUCUCCCCGUCGGCCGUGGCCAACGACACCAUCGGCUUCAUCCUGCACACCAUGCUCUUCGUGCCGUACUUCAGCUGGCAGCGCACCCACAACACCCACCACAAGUACACCAACAACCUGCAGAAGGACGAGGUGUUCGUCCCGCUGGUUGCCCGCCAGGAGACCGACGUCCAGCAGGCGGCCAAUCUCUCCCGCCGCGGGGACAUCCAGACCACCCUGCAGCUGGCCGCCAUGCUGAUCCUCGGCUGGCCGCUCUACCUGCUGUACAAUGCCACCGGCCACAAGACCGAGGGCUUUGCCUCGCACUACCUGCCCUCCUCCGAGAUCUUCCUCCCCCGCGAUCGGCCCUUCGUCAUCCUCAGCAACAUCGGCCUGCUGGCCUGGGUGGCCGCCCUCGGCGCCUUCGCCAUGCUCACCCCGGCCGGCUGGACCGACAUCCUGAAGUUCUACCUCCCGGCCCUCAUGGUCAACUAUGCCUUCCUGGUGGCCAUCACCUUCCUCCAGCACACCGACCGCACCCUGGCCCACUUCGACCAUGAGGACUGGAACUACCUCCGCGGCGCCCUCAGCACCAUCGACCGCACCAUGUCCCCCUGGCUCGAUCGCCGCCUGCACCACAUCCACACCACCCACGUCAGCCACCACCUCUUCAGCAAGAUCCCCUUCUACCAUGCCGGCGAGGCCACGGUCGCCCUGCGCAAGGCCCUCGGCCCCUACUACGCCAGCGACUUCGAGACCCCCUUCCUGGUGGCGCUCUUCCGCAACUUCCGCGACCUCAACUACAAGCAGAACACCCAGGGCACCUUCUGGUGGCUGGAGACCCAUCUGCUGGACUAG